AUGUCUUUCGAAGUAUUUGCGACUAAAAUCCCUCUAGAAGCAUCUUUUAUUGAUAUCAUCAGAGCACUUGAACCAUUAGCCAAGAUCAAACAUAUCACAUUAAUUAAGAAGAAAGAAGAUCCAGAAAAAGGAGAUAAACAAACACAAUCUGCUUUUCUCGAGUAUUACACUGAAGAAGAUGCUGCCAAAGUACUUGAAUACGGUAAUUCAGAUCAUCAUGGUAAACUCGUUUCAGAACAAAUGCUUAGUGAUAAAAUUGUCAGAAUUUGCGACGAACCAAUUCUUAUUUUACCAUUUAAAGAGCGCCAAGAAAUUCUCGACCGUAUGGAAAAGAAAGACAAGCGUAAUCUUCACUUAAUGUGGGAAGGACAUAUUAAACCAGGAGACGCAGCAGCUGAAGGCGUUUCCGACGCUGAUAUGGCUAAGAGAAAGCGUCUCUUCGAAACAAAGCAAAAGAAACUCGCAGAUACAAACUAUUCCAUUGUUCCUACAAGAUUAUGCGUAAUGAACGUUCCAGAUGGCAUCAAUGCUGGUCGUGUACGCAAGAUCUUCGCUGUUGCCUCACAGCGCUACUCCAGAAAUCACAAAGAUGACCCAAUGUGUAGAAAAGCAAUGAAAUCUCCAGUUAGAAUUACAGAAGUACGUAAGAUCGAAGACCAGAAGGGUCUUUUCUUCGUAGAAUUCUCCCAACAUGAGCACACAUUGUGUGCAUUGCGCCAGGUUAAUAAUAAUCCAGAAUAUUUCCCAGGAGUUAGAUUAAUUGUCGAAUUUGCUGUUACAAGUUCAUUUGCUACAAACCAAAGACGCGUAAAACAAGAGAAAAGAAGACAGGCUCGGCUUCAGCGCGUUCAAAAUAAAGAAAAGAAACAUCACUUCCAAUUUGACGAACCUGAUGAGAAUCCAGACUCAGAUGUUUCCGAUGAAAUACCUACAUUAGAUUAA